AUGUCUACCAACAGCAGGCGUAAUUCUGUAUUUUUGGCUGGAAUUUUUACUACAGCCUUUGUGAUUGAAGUAGUUUUUGAUACUGCUGCUGAUAAGGCUUGGGACUCUAUUAAUAAAGGAAAACAAUGGAAAGACAUCGAAAGUAAAUACGCUCAAUAA